CGAUAAGUUACAACAACAAAAUAUAAGAAUGCUAAAAAUAAACUAUAAUUCGAUAUCAAAAACUCGUUCAUCCGGUUGGUCGUUCAUGUCCACUGUGCCACAGGUCACAGCCCAUAGGCCGCAGACAGUUUGCACUUUGCGCUAAUUUGACUAAUUUAUAGGCUACGGUCACUACAGUGAAUACGGAAUAGCGAAUGCGCUCCUCAGUCCUCGGAAAACCCGAAACCGAUAGCUCCAAGCUGAAACACAUUUACUCGUAGUUCAUACAAUACUCGACGUAGACCGCUAAGCAAACGUUUGUCGCUUAUAAACUCUUAUUAUUAUGUUUAAUAAUUUUAAAAUAAUAUAGUAUCGUUUAGGACAGGUGUAGAUCGUCUAUAAUUCUCUUUCGGUGUGUGUUGUACAACGGUGAUUUGACGCUGGUCGAAUAGCAAACGUUUCAAUCGACCACCCCGUGACGUUUCUGAACGAUGGCAAAUACUACGACACGGUCUUACGGGAAGACACCAACCCUUUCGUCGGACUUUAGCACGCACGCCAUGGCCCUUUUACGACGGCGGCACAAUUCCUCACCGAACAGCCAAAGUGCAAGGCUCGACAGCAGCCUGAAGUUCAAAGAAAUCCGGCGAAUCAAACGCGAAAUCCACGAUACCUUUCCUGAUUGCUAUGUCGAAUGGAUAGAGAGGGUCAACUUACCGGAGAUGUAUGGCAUGUACUUGUUGCGCAAAGAGGAAAUGCAGUUGGAAAACGGUGGAGCGGACGGUGUAAAGGAAAUGUUGCUGUACCACGUGACCACCAAGUCCAGGGCCCUGAAGUCGCUGAAGAGUGGACUCGACUGGCGCCUUACUCGGCGCUCCAGAUAUGGAUGUGGUGUGUCAUUUAGUGAAGACGCUGAGUACGCCGACAAAUAUGCCGACAAUUCUACCCGCCAAGAUGAACGAGUUAUCAUGAUAUGCUCCGUGCUCGUGAAAGAAACAUACGUUGUCAACCACAAAUGGAACGAGGGAAACAAUUUGAUUGCACCACCCGGCACGGCCGACACGACAGUGAGCAGUAAUGGUAACGUCUAUGUUAAGUACAAUGACUUUGACUUCUAUCCCCUGCAUUUGGUGUACUACUCCUAUCAGUCAGAAUAUGAUGACUACGAUGAGUACGAUGACAAUUAUUAUUGGCCAAAUCCUUUCAAAACCUUUGUCUUUAACAUCUACAACGGUUUUUAUCAAUAUUGAUAUUAUCUAUCAUACAUAAAUCACAGGUAGUAUUUUUAUUAAACACCGUAAUAGGUGAAAGCCAGGAAUUACUUAUUUUUGUUAUUGUUAAUACAUUCAAUUGUUUUUUUUUCAUUUAAUAUUUAUUUUUAAACAAAUUGACGAGAGAAUUCCAUCUAAAUGAUUCAUGUUUUUCUAUGAUAUACAUAAUAAAACGUUGACAAUGUCUGUAA